UAUGAGAUACAAAAGGUACCCAGGAGUCGUGAGGUGGCCCAGUCGUGGCUGUCCACUGUCUUCACCACUUUAUAUGCAACACUUUACUCCUUCCCUAUGGUUUUCAGAAUAUCCCCAGAUCUAAUCCUUUGCAAUGGCCCUGGAACCUGUAUACCACCAUGUGCUGCAGGACUUCUCAUGACGUACUUGGGACUAAAGAAAGUCUCCCUGGUAUACGUGGAGAGUAUCUGUCGUGUGGAGACGCUGUCGCUGUCUGCUCGGCUGCUGUACUACCUGGCUGACCAUCUCCUCGUCCAGUGGCCACAGCUACAGCAGAAGUUCCCGCGUACUACAUACAUUGGAAGGGUCAUCUGAACAAAUCGUCUGAUUGGAAUAGAAUAUAGAAUAACACGCUUGCUGGGAAUAUCUACCAAAACAUAAACAGAUAUGAUAUUGCAAAACGAUUUGCCAUUCACUGUAGGGACUAGAUGAUACGUCAAUCCUGCAAUAAUAGUCUGCAAGAGUCUUUCAGUAGACUCUUACUUCUACUAUGUUAUGAAGACUAAUGUUCUACAAUAAUGUGCACAAAGGCACUUUGUUUAUCUUGAUAAUCAGUACUUUUACAGGUAAGACCUGAAGUGAUUGGGAAAAGUCUGAGUAGGAUUCUGUCUUAAGUUGUUGAACACAGCAUUGACCGUCAUGAAUGCAUUUCAUCUGUGUUAUUGGAAUUUCUAUAGUCUCAAAACCAGUUCCAUGUAACCUAGCACAAUGCUGAAUUAAUUACAAGUUUUUUAGCAAUAAAUGAACUCAUAAAUCCUA